CGGGCUCUUUAAUUGACUGGAAAAAUCACGUUGGAUCUCUGUUUCCCGGCGUGCAAUGUACAUGUACUCUUCAGAGUGUCUCAAUAGAGAAAGCGCAGCAACUUGAAAUACAUGUUUCACGUUAUAAAGCACAGCUGCUCUAUUGUGCAAGGGUUUCCAUCGGGAUUCAUACGAUGGUUUGUCAAAUAGCUGGGAAAGUAACAUGCAUGCUGCUGAUCGCUCCACCGACCACUUAUUCGAAGAUCUUCUUCAAAGCCAUCAUUGGUGACUCGUAAGUCAGAUAGUCUAAAUGCAAUUUUGAAGCUUCAACUGACCCACCAACGCUGGCAUACCUCUACGAUUUCGUCUGUUCAGUAUUUUGGCAUGGAUCGUGUGUGUUGGCUACAUACAAACUGAAAUUUCAAGCGAAGACAUUUGUGCGCAAGGGUUCUGGAGUUGCCAAAAAGGCCCGGCACAGAGCUGAGGGCCCGGCAUUCACCAUUACCGCGCUGUGGUGGACCGUUCCCACCCAGGUCCCAAGUUGGAGCAGAGCACUCCCUGGCCCUGGCCCUGGUAGCAAGCAGAUGCCCCAAACUCGCGAAGGUUGAAAGGUCAUUCACGUUGAACACUGUUGGAGAUCAGCUCUAUCAAGCUCGGUUCUUCAGAAUUCCAAAGGUGACUGGGAGUUCAAGUCACGCGCGGUGACUCAUAAUCCGGGUCAUCGGUACAGUGGCGCUGGCAAGGUCUGGCAUCCUUUGGCGUCCUGCGGCGGAGCUUGAAUCUGCUUGUUUUGCUGCCAGGUGUCCUUCUAGAAGCAAGAAACUGCUUUUCUAGGUCAGCAAUAGGUCGGCAAUCGGUGACCUGGCACACUUUACGGCGGCACCCGAUGGCGCACUCUGGCUCACUUUGGCAGCUUAAUGAGGGUGUUUUGAUGGGCUGCAAUGGUCCUCAACUUCAUUUCUCAGAAAAACAAAGGGUCCAUUUCUGGAGGGAGCUCUCUGGGAAGCUCGGAAGCUGGCAAUCUGUGGGCAGCGCGUCGUGCACGCAGGCGUCUGGUGAUGCUCAGGCUGAUAGCUCAGCAACAGCAGAGUGUGUGGACAGCCGCACUGUGCAUCAGCUUUCAAGAUGGCAGACACUACCAUGCCACAACAGCAAGGGCCGGCAGCCCCGCUGUUUGAGGGCAAGGAAGGCACCCCUUCUGUUGGAUUACCGCCUUCCAUCGGGAGAGCUCGUGGCGAGCGCGGCCAGAGGCUUCCUCACCAACUCCAAGAGAGGCCACCGCAUUUUCCAAAAGGUGGCGGGGACCCUGGGCCAGCGCGCUCAAGAGGAGCUCGGGUCUGCAGGCCUUCUCUGGUCGAAGGCUGCCUGGGAUGGGAGCCUGCAUGCCGCGAUGGCAGCUCUCCAGUCACUGGCGGGCACUGUAGACGCUGGCUUGCAAGAGGGCUUCGAGAAGGUCUUGACAUCGAUCAGGCAGGCCCACAUGGAGGGGCUCAAGCAGCGAGAGACUUACAACGAUACUUUUCAGCGAAGUGGGCUGUACUAUAGUUCAGCGCCCAAGAGCAGACGCCUCACAGCAACGCUCCUGAUCAUUGGGGGGAUCGAGCCCAAUCCCGGCUGGGGGGGCGACGAGGUAAGCGAUUAUGCGGCUCAAGGCAGGACAACGCUGGGAAGCGACAUCGACAGAGGGUGGCCACUCGUCCCACUGCCGUCACUGGAGGAGGUUUACGGCAGUCCGCCGUCGCGCCAAGCCCAGAGCAUGCAUUCACAGUUCGAAGCGUGGAGGAGCCAAGCACGUUUGAGCGAGCAGAUAAGCGGCGGCAACCAGCGGUCGGCUACGAGUGCGGCCAGUGAGUCCGGGUCCGAGCUGUCGGAUAUGGAAGACGAAGGCGAGGACAUUGAGGGGGCGGAGUUUGAGAGCGUGGACGAGCCUCAAGACGUGGGAACAUCCAGGGAUCGCGCAUUCAUCGACGAUGAAGACGCAAGCGAAGAUGAAGAGAACGAGGUGAUUGCGCAAGGCAGGUUUCGUGUUGCCAGAGGAUCGAGCUCCGACUCGGAUGUCCCUCUGCUUCUGGCUCGGCGCUUCAAGCCGCAGGCGCCGGGACGGGCGACCAAGGCGCUCCAAACAAGCCGCCGAGCCCGUUCUCCGCCCUCUUGGUCGAGAGCUUCGGCCGAGGAAGGCAGCCCUUCACAGGGCUUUUCCUCUACGGUGAGCGACGGGGGUUGGGCUGAUCAGCAGCUGCCGCCCGCUACUGGUGGCCGCAUCCUGCUGCAGCGCUCCGAGGAAGCCGCAAUGGACACGGAGUCCGGGUCGGACGAGCUUCCGGGUUUCCGUAAGCGGCGGGUGCUUGAUGGGGCAGCCCGCUCUCCACAAAUCAGGCGGCGCCGUCGGGUGCUGCUCUCAUCAUCGGAGCCCUCGGGUGAGACCGGCAGCGUCUCGGCAAGGCGGAGCGGUGCUGCUGGGUCGGAAGAAGAGGUGCAGGAGAGGGGGGCCGAUGAGCUCGUGCCCGGCGUCGGCGCCAGCUUCGACGGUUCGCCGGAGCCUGAAGACGACGGCAGCUUGGACGAGUCAGAUUUUGGGGAGGAGUUUGCGACUCUGUGCGUGAUCGAGCCGCGCCCGCGGCGAGCGACCAUCAGUCGAGCGAAGCCAUGA